CUCGCAUUGUGUCCUCGUCCCCUUCUGUUUAUACACAAAGACACCCCCCCAGCUCUCCCCCGCCCCAUCUCUCUCUUCUCCCGGGCUUUGGGGGGGAUGAGCCAGGCGGGGAUUACGGCUCUGCCGGCGGUUCAGCGGCUGGGCCAGCAGCGAUUUCUCCCUGGGGCCCCACUGCCUCCUGCCAGCGCUUCCCCGGCCCGGCCCCCCCAGCGGAUCGGCCCCCCGCUCCCCAAGGAAAGGCUCGAAGGAGGGCGCCGCCAGACUGGGGGAGGGGAGCCGCAUGGGGCCGUGAGAAGCCGCCGCUGAGAGCCGGGAAAGUCCCCCGGACGCCUGGGUCCCUCCGAGGUGUCGAUCUCCUCCCCCCCACACACAAACACGUUGUGAUCCUUGCCCGAAUGCCGGGGUCUCACUGAUCCCCCCCCAAUCCGCCGCUGACAAUAGGAGCCUGCGAGCUCCUUGCCCGGACGCCUGGGUCCUACCGAGAUUUCUCCCUCCCCGCCCCCGCCCCCAUCCGCCGCUGACAAUAGGAGCCUGAGAUCUCUUUGCCCGGACGCCUGGGUCCCCACGGCGCUGGAUCGUCGCUGACAAAAGGCGGUUUGGAACCUUCCCCUCCCCCCACGCCUCGCCCGGACGCCUGGGUUCUGAGGAGCCCGCGGAGAAUUCGGACCCUCCCGCGCCGAAAGGAGCCGCCUUUUCGCCGGCCGGACGCCUGGGUUCCGCUACUUUCCUCCGGGAGCAGGGGCGGGGGAGAGCAGGGAGCCCCUUGAUUCCUCUGCCGGCUCCGCUAUCCCUCCUUCCCUGCCUCUCCCGCCUCCCCCAGCUCUCUCUCCAUCCCUCCUUUCUCCCACUUCCUCAUUCCUUCUUUCCUCAGCCCCCUCUCUCCUUCUUCCAUUCUUUCUCUCUCCUUCCUUCCCGUUAGUCCUCCUUCCCUGACUCUCUAUCCCUCCCUUCCUCCGGCCUUACCUUUCUCCUCGUAAACCAUUCCUCCAUUUCUGCCCCUUUCUCUCUCUCCUCCUCCUCCUCUUAAACUCUCCUUCCUUCCCUGGCACUCUCUCUAUCCCUCCUUUUCAUCCUCUUAAACUAUCCCUCCCCUUUUCCUCCACCUUUCCUUCCCUGACCCUCUCUCUAUCCCUCUCUUUCGUCCUCUUAAACUAUCCCUCCAUUCCUCCUCUUCUUCCAUCCCUGACACUUUCUCUAUCCCUCCCUUUCAUCCUCUCAAACUAUCCUCCAUCCCUUCUUCCCUGCCCCCCCUUGCCCCCGUCCCCACUUCCCUCCCUGCCCCCCGCAGCCCCGGGGUGAGGAUGGCGUCGGCUCCGGCGCCAGCCCUGCCGGAGUGGAAGCUGCAGCUGCUGGAGAGGAAGCGGAAGGAAGAGGAAGAGGCGCGUCGCAGAGAGCGGGAGCAGCAGGACCGCAUGGCCAAGAUGCCAGCCUGGAAGCGGGAGAUCAUCGAACGCCGCCGUGCCAAGCAGGGCUCCGGGACCUCCUUCUCGGACCCGGAGGGCGGUGGCGGUGGAGCAGGGCCCCCCUUGGCUGUGGCGGGGCCGCCCGGACCCGAGAUGGGCCAGAAGGAGAGCACCGUGCUGCAGGAGAAGAUUGGCCCAGUGCACCAGAACCCCUUCAUCCAGCUGGAGAAAAGGCGCAAGGAGACGGCGGUGCCGGAGGCCGAGGCGGCCAGCGCCAAGGCCAAGCAGUUGAUGGAGCUGUACAGCCAGCGCCCUGGGGUGAGGACCCUACGGGCCGACAACGUCAUCAUCAUUGAGUCGGUGCCGGGAGCAGCGCCACUGGGGGCCGAGCGGCAGGGGGAGGCCAAAUCCGGCAGCGUGGAAUCCCUGAACGAGCUGCUGGCCCGGCGCGGCGGGAGCGUGACCGAGAUCCGGGCCGGCGAAGUCUUCAUCGUCAAAUCGGCCCUCAGCCGCAGCGUGGAAGACCUCAACUCCUUCGGCCAAAGCCGCGGCGAGGCCGAUUGCCGGCCGGGGCUCCCGGAGCAACGCCGCGGGCGUGUCAGCAAGCUGCUAAGCCGCUUUGGCCAGGAGGACCCACCCCCGCGACCGCUCAGGUCCCUCAGCACCGAGAACCUCGCCGAUGGUUCCUACGAACGCCCCCUGGCAGCAAGGAAACCGCCCGGCUCAGCCCAGCACCGUAGUGGCACACCCAGCCCUCCCCGCGACCUGCCGGGCCUGACCCCCUCGCCGCCUCCCUUCACCGUGGCUUCCUACCGCAGCCAGUUCAAAGCCAGGUCCGAGGCCUGGCCAGAGAGCCCACCGCGGCGCUCGCCCACCGGCAAAGCAUGGGGCAGGGAGGCCGCCUCGCCAGAGAGGGGAGCCAGGCAUGAUGGUGGCAGCCCUGGCACAUUGGUGCCGGGCCCUCGGAGCAGGGAGGCCAAUUCACCGGACAGGGGAGCCUGGCACAGUGGAAGCACAUUGGCUGUGGUGCCAGGGCCUCAAGGCACAGAGGCCGCCUCGCCAGAGACGGGAACUAGGGGUGAUGGCAGUGCCAUGGCGCCAGGACCGCGAGGCAGGGAAGCCGCCUCACCGGAGAGGGGAGCCAGGCCUGGUGGCGGUGCAUUGGCGGUGGGGCCGGGCCUACAAGCCAGAGAAGCCGCUUCACUGGAGACAGGAGACAGGCCUGGUGGCAGUGCAUUGGUGGUGGGGCCGGGCCUACAAGCCAGAGAAGCUGCCUCACCAGAGAGGGGAGCCAGGCUUGGUGGCAGUGCAUUGGCGUUGGGGCUGGGCCUACAAGCCAGAGAAGCCGCCUCACCGGAGAGGCGUGACGGUGGUGGUGGUGGCUCAGGUGCGGUGAUACCGGGCCCGCUGGGCAGAGACGUCACCUCUCUGGACAGAGGUGGCAGGGGGGACAAUGGAGACGCCUCAGCCUCAGGCCUGCCCGUCGACACCAUAUUGGAUGCCGAGGCCCAGGCCAAAGCCGUGGCCAGCCUGCGCCUCCAUUCGCGGAACUCCUUCGUGGUGGUGCCACGCCGGGCAGCCGCCUCCCCUCCCCCAGACCCCGGCGAGGCUCGGCAGGAAAUCAGCACUUCUCCUCCAAAGCCUGCCGCUGCUCCGGCCUCCACUUCCUCCUCCUCCUCCCCCAGCCGUGAGCAGCUUCCUCCCGGCCAGCGCCGAGGAGCCGGCCGAGGGGGAGGCCAUGAGGCGCGGGGGCCGGGGCCCCGGGAGCUGGGGGGCCCCUCCGCCCUGCCCCACCCGGCCGUGCAGCGCCGGAGCGGCAACACCAUCACCAUCAAUCCCCGCAAGGCACCGGUGCCAGCCGUGGAGAACGGCGUCGAGGGCGAGGGGGGCCCCGCGGCGCCCGAGAAGGCAGCCGGCGCCCCACUGAAGAAGCGCUACCCCACGGCGGAGGAGAUCCAGGUGAUUGGGGGAUACCUGUCCCUGUCGAAAUCCUGCCUGGCCAAGAACGACCCCCACCGCAAAAAGUUGAAGAUCUCGUUCAGUGAGAGCCAGCUGGAGCGCACCUUCCAGUACCCGUCCGAGGGGUCCCUGCUGGAGGAGUUUGGGCCCCCCGAGGAGUUGGACGCGCCGGCCUGUGCCAACCCCCACGGGGAGGACGACGAGGAAGAGGAGGAGCUGCUGCUACUCCAUCGCGGCCUGCCGGGUGUGCUCAGGACCAAAUCCCUCAUCGUGGAUGAAUCCUGCAGGCGGUAACCCCGCAGAACCCCCCCCCUCAUGGUGGGGGGACGGGGCGGGUACAGAAGGUGCCCUGCCACGACUGGGUCCCGACCGGCCCCUUCUCUUUCGUCUUCCAGUAAAAUCCCAGCAAGAACAAAGGACUGGAGGGAGGUUGGCUCCAGUCCCCCUGGCUGUGGCUAGGCCAGAGCAGCCACCCUCCCGUUUGACUGCUCCCCUAAGGUCCAGCAGGGGGGAUGAGACCAACAGAAAAACAGCAUUGAGAGAGCCUUCAGGAACAAACCCACUGCAGCCAGCAGGGGGCACUCUGCACCACCCGGACUGUGCUGGGAGAGCCCAUUUCCACUGGGGGCGCUCUGCAUCACGUGGACUGUGCUGGGAGAGCCCAUUCUCACUGCAGCCAGCGGGGGGCGGGGCGGCUCUCUGAACCAUGUGGACUGUGCUGGGAAAGCCCAUUCUCACUGCAGCCAGCGAGGGGCGCUCUAAACCCCAUGGACUUUAUUGCCACUGAGAGGUCACCUGGCCUACCUUCAGCCAAAGGUUAAAGAUCACAUCCCCUCCUGAAGAUGGGUAUGGGUGGGGGGUGGCAAAGAAAACCAACCCCCCACCAUACACACAUGCAUUUUUUGUAACUCUUGAAUCCUUUUUCUAGGGGACAUCAUCCAGAAGGGAGAACUUUUGUUUCCCAAUUUUUACUUCCUAAUAAUGCUGCCGGGGUGGUCAGAGUUAAGGGGAUUGUAGUUUAGGAGGGGGUGGGGGUGGGGUUUAUUGGGGAGGGGAGGGGUCACUUUGUUACUUGAUAGGGUCCAGUCAUAAUUGCAGAGGACUGGAUCACUAUCGGAGGGCGGGGCAAUCUGUGACUGGGGUGGAGCCAGUUGAGAUUCAGGCGGAGCCAGUCAGUAUUUGGAGAGUGGGGCAAAUUGCUACUUUGCAGGGGUGGGUGGGCCAUUUGCAAGUGUUCUGGAGCUAGUUACAGAUGGGGCCGUGUUUAUGUACUUCAGGCAGGACUAGUUGUGUUUGGGGAGGAGUGGGGCAGUAUGUGGUUUGGGGGUGGGAGGUGGAGCCAACCAGGAAUUGGGGAGGGACCAGCUGUGACUGGAGGUGGAGGGGAGGAGGUGACUGAAGCGGAGGGUGGGCCAACGUUGUGACUUCCUGUUUUAGCCAUCCCACUUCCUGUGUAGAUGGAGCAAUUUCACCACCUUUCAUGGGUGGGAGGGAGGUCGUGUCAUUCAGAGCCUCUGAUGGGCAGGAGUGAGAAUGGAGGGAAAGUGGAAUUGGAUGUGUGGGGACAAGAAUGAGGAUGGAGGGAAUGAGGAAUGGGAUGAGUGUGGGGGGGAUGGAUGGAUGAAUGAGCCCCUCCUCUGUGAGUUUAGUUCGUUCUUGUUAUUAUUAAUUCAUUUUCUUUGCACUGGGGGGAGCAGCUGCAUCCUCGCCCGGGAACGAGGGUGCGAGCGAAUGAACAAGUGUGGCAGGCUCCUCCCCCCACCCAGGGAGCAGGGGCAGAUGUGUGGUCACAGGGGAGUGGGGCUAAAUGAGGCAUCAGCCCCCCCCCAUUUAACUCCCAUCCUGCUUUGUGCAGGAGGCACUGAUGCUGCAUCUGAGCACUGGCAGGGGGAGGGGGCCGCAUCCGGCCAGUUCCAAUAGUGUUUUUUUUAUAUAUAUUAUAAUAAUAAAACAGAAAGAUGUUGCACGU